CCACCACCCACACCAUGCCAUUCAACCCGCGCGCAAUAAAAGCGCUGCUCAUAGAUCUGAGCGGCACGCUGCAUAUCGGCAAGGAGCUGACCCCGCGGGCCGCCGAGGCGGUGGAGCGGCUCCGGAACGCGGGUGUGCCGUUCCUCUUCUGCUCAAACUCGACGAAGGAAUCCGAAGCGCGCCUCCUCGGCACCCUCGCCAGCCUGGGCCUGCACGCAUCCCCAGGCGAGCUGCUCACCUCGCUCGGCGCGUGCCGGCUGUACGUCGAGUCGAGGGGGUUGCGACCGUACCUCCUCCUCUCGCCCGAGGCGGCCGAGGAAUUCGCCGACCUCCCCUCCUGCGCGCCGGCGCACGACGCCGUCGUCGUCGGGCUGUACCCCCCUGCGUUCAGCUACGACUCGCUCAACACGGCCUUCCGCGUGCUCAAGCGCGAGCCGCUCUACUCUGAGCCUGAGUCCUCGGCGCGACACGUUGACGAAGGGCACACAGGCGCGACCGCGCUCUCAGAUCCCACGCCUGCACCGAGCGGCACGGCCACCCCCACCGCGCCGGUGCUCGUCGCGCCCCAUCUCUCGUCGUUCCAGCAGAAUGCGGCCAACGAGGCGUUUCCUGCCGGGCUGAGCCUUGGCGUCGGGGCGUACGUCCGCGCCCUUGCCAGUGCGGCGUCUGUCGACCCCGUGGUUGUAGGCAAGCCGUCCCGCGGGUUUUUUGAGCUUGCACUCUCGCGGCUUGGGCAGACGCACGGUGUACAGCUCGACCCACACUCCGUGGUGAUUGUCGGCGACGACGCCGUCAACGACCUCGGUGCCGGCGCGAUCGAGCUCGGCCUCCAGCGUGUGCUCGUGCGUACCGGCAAAUACCGCCCCGGUAGCGAGGAAACAUCGCCACCCCCCGACGCAGUGUACGACUCGUUUGCCGACCUCGUCGACGCCAUCCUCGCCUCCUCGUAG